UGGGGGGGCGGCUCGGCGGCGGGUCUGCGGGCCGGGCGGGCCCCAUGGGCGGGUGUGUGGGCUCCCACCACGACUCCUCGGGCAGCCUCAACGAGAACUCGGACGGCACCGGAGUUGCUCUUGGUCGUAAUCAGCCCUUGAAAAAAGAGAAACCAAAAUGGAAAAGUGAUUACCCCAUGACGGACGGACAGCUGCGCAGUAAGAGAGACGAGUUUUGGGACACAGCACCAGCUUUCGAAGGUCGCAAGGAGAUUUGGGAUGCUCUCAAGGCUGCUGCACACGCUUUUGAGAGCAAUGAUCAUGAACUGGCACAAGCAAUCAUUGAUGGUGCAAACAUAACACUACCACAUGGUGCUCUUACAGAGUGUUACGAUGAACUGGGCAACCGGUACCAGCUCCCCGUCUACUGCCUCGCUCCACCCAUCAACAUGAUUGAGGAGAAGGGCGACCUGGAGACUCUGGACAUCCCUGACCCACCGCCCAACUCAGGGCACGAAUGCCAGCUCCGUUUGCGCCUGUCCACAGGCAAAGACCUCAAACUCAUGGUCCGCAGCAUGGACACGGUGUACCACAUGAAGAGGCGGCUGCACGCAGUGGAGGGAGUGGAGCCCGGCAGCCAGCGCUGGUUCUUUUCGGGCCGGCCGCUCGCAGACAAAAUGAAACUGGAGGAGCUGAAAAUCCCAAAGGACUACGUGGUGCAAGUCAUUGUGAGCCAGCCCUUAGCAAACCCGACCCCGGUGGAAAACUGAUUUCUGCUUGUUUAUCGAUUCUCCUUCUUUCCCUCUCUGUCGUGGGACUGGUUUUCACUGCCCUGUCUUCUUUCGUUUUGUCCUGCUAAAUGGA